AUGGGUGCAAUUCGCACAGCUCUCAAGGUUGAUGUAAACACACCUGCUGAGAAGCAGCCGUAUCUACACAACCGCUGGCAUCCCGAUGUCCCCUUCUGCGGCAAAAUCCGCAACAACGAAACCGUCAAGAUCGAAUGUCUCGACUGGACAGGCGGGCAAAUCGGCAACAACGACUCAGCCGACGACGUACUAAACGUCGAUCUCACCAAAAUCCACUAUCUAUCGGGCCCGUUCGAAAUAGAAGGCGCUGAACCAGGUGAUGUCCUCUGCGUUGAGAUUCAAGAUGUGCAGCCCUUUGAAGAUCAGCCCUGGGGGUUUUCAGGUGUUUUCCACAAGGAGAAUGGUGGUGGGUUUUUGGAUGAGAUUUAUCCUAAUGCAGCAAAAGCAAUCUGGGACUUUGAAGGCAUCCACUGCACAUCCCGCCACAUCCCCGGCGUCAAAUUCGCCGGUUUGAUUCACCCUGGUAUCUUGGGUUGCGCCCCCUCCGCAGAAAUUCUAGCAGAAUGGAACCGUCGCGAGGCCGAGUUGAUUUCUGAAAAGGCUGCUAGCGGUACGACACGAACAGUUGCGAAUCCUCCACUGACAACAAAUACGCAUGCUGGUGUUGCAGAUAAAGCUACUGCUGCAAAGAUUGCGGCUGAAGGUGCGCGUACAGUGCCGGGGAGACCGGAACAUGGCGGCAAUUGCGACAUAAAGAAUUUAUCGAGAGGGAGCAAAGUCUAUUUGCCUGUGCAUGUGCCGGGUGCAAAGUUUAGUGUUGGUGAUUUGCAUUUUUCGCAAGGAGACGGCGAAAUCUCAUUCUGCGGCGCAAUCGAAAUGGCCGGCGUAAUCACAGUUAAAUGCACGGUCAUGAAGGACGGGCAGAAACAACUCGGUAUGGUAAAUGGUAAAUCUCCAAUUUUCAUUCCCGGUCCUGUACAGCCGCAGUUUGGGCCUGGGAGGAUGCUAUAUUUCGAGGGCUUCUCCGUGGAUGAAAAUGGUAAACAGCACUUCUUAGAUGCAACUAUAGCCUAUCGUCAAAGCUGUCUUCGCAUCAUUGAGUAUUUGAAGCGAUAUGGGUAUGAUGAUUAUCAGAUUUAUUUGCUGUUGAGUGCGGCACCUGUGGAGGGGCAUAUUGCUGGUAUUGUAGACAUUCCGAAUGCUUGCACCACCAUUGGCUUGCCUAUGGAUAUUUUCGAGAUGGAUAUUAGGCCCGAGACGCCAGCUACGAAGCUCGAUAUGGGUCGAGCUCCUGUGUCAAUGAAGUAA